UACAGCCUCGUUUUGUCUGAGAACUACGACGGUAGCCAUCUUGUUAUAAAUUCCUCUAAAAUGUAGAUAAACCUGACACAUUCAAACGAUACUCUUAUUAUUUUUUCCUACGAAUCAUGUUUGUGUUUAACACGAACAUGAAAUGUGACGUAAAGAAUAACAUUUUCGUCUCUUAAUUUCCUUAGAUCAGAUAAAGGCCUGUUGUAGAGAGCUCAACAAGAUCAGUCAUAGAUAUUCUUCGGCAUUUCAAAUUUUCUUUGUUUGAACAUUUUGGAAGAAAACUUUUUAAAAGUUUUCAUACAGAAGGGGGCAAAGUUGUCCCACAACUAUUUGUUGGCAAAAGAAUGCCUCUUCCAAGCAGAGCUCGCGUUUAUGCUGACAUAAACACUCAUAAACCAAGAGAAUACUGGGAUUAUGAAUCACAUGUUGUUGAUUGGGGAAAUCAGGAUGAUUAUCAGGUUGUCAGAAAAUUAGGAAGAGGAAAGUACAGCGAGGUUUUUGAAGCAGUGAAUGUCACAAACAAUGAAAAAUGUGUUAUAAAGAUACUAAAGCCUGUAAAGAAAAAGAAAAUCAAACGGGAAAUAAAGAUAUUAGAAAAUCUCAGGGGUGGCACAAAUGUCAUAACAUUAUUGGCAAUAGUAAAAGAUCCAGUGUCACGUACACCAGCCCUCAUAUUUGAGCAUGUCAAUAAUACAGAUUUCAAGCAACUCUACCAGACAUUCAUAGAUUUUGAUAUACGUUUCUACCUGUAUGAAUUAUUAAAGGCAUUGGACUAUUGUCACAGUAUGGGUAUAAUGCACAGGGAUGUCAAACCUCACAAUGUGAUGAUUGAUCAUGAAAACAGAAAGCUUCGUCUGAUUGACUGGGGAUUGGCUGAGUUCUAUCAUCCUGGCAUGGAGUAUAAUGUUCGAGUAGCUUCUAGAUAUUUUAAAGGACCAGAACUCUUGUUAGACUAUCAGAUGUAUGACUAUUCAUUAGAUAUGUGGAGCUUGGGCUGCAUGUUUGCCAGCAUGAUAUUUAGGAAAGAACCAUUCUUUCAUGGUCAUGACAACUAUGACCAGCUGGUGAGGAUUGCCAAAGUUUUGGGAACAGAUGAUCUCUAUGGUUAUAUUGAAAAGUAUCAAAUUGAUUUGGACCCAAGAUUUAAUGACAUUUUAGGAAGGCACUCAAGAAAGCGAUGGGAGAGAUUUGUACACAGUGAAAAUCAACAUCUUGUCAGUCCUGAGGCACUGGAUUUUCUAGAUAAACUUCUACGUUAUGACCAUAAUGAUCGUUUAACAGCAAGAGAUGCAAUGGACCAUCCUUAUUUCUACCCUAUUGUGAAAGAGCAAGGGCGAUUGUCCAACAUUUCAGGGCACACAUCACCAACUCCUGUAACUGCUGCUGGUCAGAUUGGAGUCUUAGAUGGUGUUCUUAGGGAUGCAAUAGGGAAGGAGGGAAUAGAAGAGCUGGAGGAAAAUAGAGAUGUGAAUUGGGAAGUACAACAGAAAGCCUGAGGAAUACAGGUUCAUCCAUUACCAGCACAGUAGGUUCGUCCAGCUCCCCUGUUAUGUCCUCCAAUAUGGCCACCCUGCCCAACAAUGCAGCCACUGCUCAGAGCUAAACUAUUGCAAAUUAUUUAAGCUGAAAGCCAUCAUUUAUGAUGUCUUCAAGUCUUUGGCUGUUUUGCCCUUCUCUUCAACUCUACUGUUGUAUAUUCAUUUUAUUAAAUAUAGAUUUCAAGGGGAGUGAUGUCUUUUUCUUCAUUGCAUUGAGUUGUUGUCUGGUGAAUGUCAUCUUAGGUCACCUGCCAUCCAUAAAUUAUCACCAUUAUCAUGUUAAUUUAAAGCAGGAACUUUGGUUGAUUGAAGAAUGUAUUUGAUAACUAAAGUAAUUCUUUUUUUAUGUCCACAUUUUGCAAUAGUGAAUGUCAACUUUAGUCCAUACUGUAUACUAGUACUUUUGCUUUUGGAAUUCAGUGAAAAGAAUGUUAAAGUAUAUGGUGUACUAUUUUAAAUAUAUUCUUGCUGCUAGAUUUCUUUUAAUUUCUAGAACUGUUUUUAGAACUAAGUUUUCUUCACACUUAAAGCUAGUAUGAUGCUUUAAACAUCUAGGAAUGCUCUAUUAUUCCAGAUCACAUGUAGAUUAUUUCUUGAAAGAUAGUGUCAGAUACACUGGUUUUGUGUUUUCGGGAUAACUGAUCCUGAUGGUAAAUCAAAAUACUAAAAUGUUAGUAAAAAUUACUUUACCACAUUUAGAUUUCACUAGACCUUGGGGUUUAUAAAAGUGUACACUGGUUAUGUGAAUGAAGAGUGGCUGUUACAUUUAAAGUGUUUCUUGUUUAUCUAUCCAUCAGAUUAAAAUGUUUAUUAUUUUAUUGAUUUUAGGAAUAAACUUGUAUAAACUUCUGUCAGUCAUUAAUGCUAUUCACUUUUCAUUAUUUUUAUCUACUGUUGCAAUUUAAAUAAAGUAUUUGACCAUAACUUGUUUCUUAUAAAGUUUCUGAUGGAUGGUAGAUAUUUAAACUUAGCUAUACAGUAUAGAUUAGAGUUUGCAUUAAUGUCAUUUGAUUUUUAAAAACUCUUUUUAUGAUUCAGCCUAAAUUAGAGUAAAAAAUCCAAAAUAGUGAUCAUUGUUUCAGAUGUUCCAUGUACAGUAAUGUGUCUACGAGUUUUUUUUUUAGGAAUGUACAUAUAGUUAAGGAGCAGUAUGGGCAAAUUUUAAACAGAAGCAAUUUUGGUGUGUCCUUCUGUUGUAUCACAUGGCAAGUAUAGGAGUUGGUACACUUGUUCCAAUUGGUUAGUUGUAAUUUAUUUUGUAUUAAUCCAUUCAGGUUGCAACUUAAUAUUGGCAGCUGAGAGAAAGAAUGUUAUGUCAUGUGUUGUCACAUCAGAUUUAUGUGCUUGUUUACCUGCCCAGUGUUUCAUCAAAUGCAAAUGUAUAAAGUUGUAGGAAAUGCUCUUGGUCUCGAUCAAACUAAUCAUGUAUGGUACUAUUAAUAGUUUUUAAUAGAAAUAUCCAUUUUUGUUAGCAACGCGGGUUUUAUUAUGUUAACUAAUGUUAGUAUAACACAUGGGUUUUGCUUUGUAAUGAAUGUGCUGAAAUUAAAGCAAGUAUUGGACAAGUUUGACAUUGUAAACAAUCAAGCAUUAUGAAUAAAAAUGGUUGUGUGCCAUGUA